CAAACGAGGUACCCACGUGUAUAAAGCAGGCCUCGCUGACCAGCUGUCGGAUGCGGCGCAACACCUUCGUUCUCGGCAACGCACCACGGCAUCACACUCCUCCUCCGCUGGUCCGCUUCAUCCCUCCCCGUCGCUCGUGACAAAAUGGCCCCCACCAGCAGCACGGUCUCGCAGGCGCAGCCACCAUUGGACCACGAACCAGACUUCCACUGCGAGCGAAUCGACGUCAAUGACGACAAGGAGUGGGAUGAACUCUUCAAGACCUACUGGGAUGCGUGGAAAGAUCCGCCGCAGGUGACCGGCCUGCUGACCUUCCCCUGGCUGGGCGAGGGGGGCCCCCGGGAGGCGGCUGCCUACGAGGCGGCAAAGCGGGGGUACCAGGCGGAAGCGCGGGCCAACCCGAACCAGCACUGGAUCAAGAUCGAGGACCGCGCCCUCCCGGGCCCUCACCGCAUCGUCGGCGGCGGCGCGUACACCACCUAUCCCGACGGGGCCUUUCCCGACUACGCGAAGAAAGUCGCCGCGCCGGCCCAGGACGACGAAGAGCGCCUGCCGGACAUUAGCCUGCCGGGACUGGGGUACCCUGCAGGAUCGGAGCGCGACUCUCUGAUGCGCCAGCUCUACGCGCAGAUGUUGAGCUGGCGGCCCCGGGUGAUGCACAACCGGCCCCAUUCAUACGGCCACGCCCUGUGGAUCAUGCCCGCGUACCGCCACCUCGGCGCCGGGGCGGCCCUCCUGGAUUUCUGGCUGGCCGACGUGGACCGGCUGGGCCUCGAGAGCUACCUCGAGGGCAGCGUGGUGGCGACGUCGCUGUACCUCGAGAAGGGCUUCGUGCUGCUCGAGCGGCCCGUCAUGGUCUUCCGGUACUUCCCCAAGAACAAAUCCGACUCGCCAUCUGCCGAGUGGCCGCAUCUCGUCCGCCGGCUGCACGCCGAGCCGAUCGCGAUCAUGUGGCGCCCGGCCGGCGGCGCCUACGAGGAGGGGAAGACGGUGCUGCCGUGGGUGGGUAAGCCCCGCAGGGCGAAGCUAUAAUUAGGAUUAGGUGGUAUCUUUCUGCAUGCAGUGUAAAUUACAUACCGCAAGCACUACUCUGCCUGGCUCUUUCCGCAGCGUGUAACUAUUCCAUAAACUGCUUGAUUGUCCGUUGCAAAGUUCAUCAGCGCAGUCCCGGAAUCUCGCAUGCUCGACAAGUGUCACACUCUCCUUU